AUGAAGCUUGUUCUUGACAUCAGUAUUAUGACUGGAUUGAACUAUUUUGAUCUGAUUGAUGUGUCUGAUUGCUCUGUCUCUGCUGCCCCUGUCUCUGCUGUUACUAUCUGCUGUCUGUAUUCUGCUCCCACCUCACUAACUACUUCUGCUGCUGCUCCACCAUCACUGUCACUACCCACCACUACCUCUCUGUCUUUCUCUGGUACUGACAGGGUCUCUGCCUGUCAAAUGGUGGGUAUUAGAGCCCCUGUCUGGUUCACAAAGCUGGUUCUGGAGGAGCAGGAAGAGAAGAAGAAGAAGAAGAAAGAGAAGAAGAAAGAGAAAGAGAAUAAUAACAAUAAUAAGAAUGAUGAUAAUGAUAAGAAUGAUAAUAAUGAUGAGAAUGAUGAACUUGCUAUUUAG